AUGCAGCCUAAUGCAAGCCUAUUGCUACAACUACUAUUCGUAGUUAGUCAGUCAAGUUCACCACUUGUUAUAACCUUCGAUGAUGUACCAAAUAGUUCUCUGAACUAUACAACUACAAUUCCAAAUGGGUACAAGAAUUUAAACUGGACUAAUGGACUAGUAUUGAAUACAACAGGAAGACCAGAUUACCGACUGACUGGAUUUUAUACAGUAUUAAAAUCAGGACAAUUUGUAGGAUACAAUGUUGAUCAAAAACCAUUGACAAUUCAUUCGAGUGCCACUGGACAAGUAUUCAGUAUUAGUUCAUUUACUAUAGCUGCUACAUUCGUUAACAAUACUCAGUUAACUAUUGUUGGUCAACGAUCUUGUGAACUUCUCUAUACACAAACUCUUCUGUUAAAAGUUCUUCCACCAGCAACAGUCAUCGUGUUAAACUGGAUUAAUUUAGAUUCAUUAAUAUUAACUGUUACAAAUGGUUCACAAUUUGCAAUGGAUGAGCUUUCAGUUUCAAUUUCAAGCGCUGCUAUAAUAACGAGGUACAGAGCAGGGGAGUGA